CCUCAAUUUUUUAGAAGCAUCCAACAUCGCAUAUGUCAUACUUAUACCAUACACUUUCCAUCUUUCUGAUGAGGCUGUCGACAGUCCUAGCCAUGCACAGUAGACUGAUCCAUAUAGUCUAAUCCCCCAUUAUGCGGUCGCAAUUGACCCGCCAUGUCUUGCGACGCCUUCUUGCGAGCGACGCACACGUUCCCCUCCUUCCCCUCCGCUCCACCUUCGUCCUGUCUCGGUCCCGCCCGACAUUCCGUGUAUAUCCUGUCGGAUCGAGAGUAGUGAGGACUAUUCAGAAAAGGACCUUUGUCAAGGAAUUCUUCGGCCAAAAGAGUCCAAGGGCAUUGAAGCAGCUUGAGACCGAACCGGGAUAUGCAACCCUGCUCAGAUUCCAUGCUUCGGAGAACAUCGGCGUCCAAGAUAGUAGACGACCUCCCACACCGGACGAAUUGGUUACAGCAUGGCGGGAAUUUUUUGCAUACAAGACCCGGCACCGCCGAGCAGUCAACUCCACACAGGCAUUGUCUGCUCAUCGAGUGCUGCUACAUCUUUCCAGCUCUUCGGCCAACUCUCGGUCCGCACUUCUAUCAAAAAGCGAUCUCAGGAAUGCUAUGGAGUGUCUGUUAAAACCUCCGAGAGACUAUUUUGAGCACCAUGUCGAUUUUUCGAAAGAAAUAUACAGUGAGAUAAAAAAGCGAGGUGCACAUCAACCAAAGGAUUUCAAUAUGUUGUUAACUGCCCUGUCACAGUAUGGGAAGGCUCUUGAAGCUAGAGAUAUGGUUCUAGAGUACUUUCAAUCUAACCAGGAUAAGGAACCUCUUGAUGAUCGACUGAGACAUUUCAUACCGGUUAUUCAAGGCCUUGCCGAGGAAGGCCGUGAGCCGGAACUCUUAGACCUUUUUGCAAAAGCAGAGGAGGCUGGUUUUGAAUGUGAAGAAACGGUUCAUUGUGUAAUGGCCACCUAUUUCGCAAAGAAAAAUAAGGUUGAGGAAACAAAAACUUGGUUCAACAAACCAAUCAAAGGAGGCAAUUCUCCGCUUCCUACAACAUAUUACGAAAUACUUCGUUUUGCACUUCGCAAUGGGGAAAAGGAAUGGGCCAUGGGAAUUUACCAGGAUCUCAUUUCCAAGAUAGAAUCUGGUUCAUGGAAAAGUAAUAAAGCUUGUUGGGAUACCGCCUACCAAUGGGCUAUUUUGUUACUUGGGAAAGGGAUGGAUCAUAUUGAACAUAUGAUGAAAGUCGCCCACGAUUUCAACCAGGAUGACCCCGAGUCUCAACCCAAUAUAGAAACGGUGAAUAUGCUUGUUCAAAUCGCCACCGACAAAAACGAUCCGUAUAUGGCCGAACGUUUCAUCGCAUUAUCGAAGAAACUUGGGUUUGAACCAAAUUGGAAAACCUAUAUACUCCAGUUAGAGUAUCGGAUCCGCGCGAAUGACCUUGAUGGCGCGUUUACCGCUUACCAAGCCCUCGAAGAUUUGGACGUAUCAACGAAAGAUAGAGGCAUUGAAGCGUUGAACUCUCUUAUUCGUGCCAUGUGUGCCGUACCAAAUCCGGUCUACGAACGGGUUCUUGAUGUCACAAGCUACCUCGAACAACAACUCGUGACGUUAGAACCCGAAACCGUCGCUUCUAUCUGUAUGGCGUUUCUUAAAAAUGACGAGACCUACGAAGUGAUAGACACACUAUCACUCCACACUGCCUACUACAGUGUUGUCGAGCGCUCGAUGGUUCAAGAAGCUUUCGUCAACUACUGUCUGUAUAAGAAAACCAGCACAGCUCGAAUUUGGGACGCAUACUCUUUAUUACGACAAUUCUUCCCCGAGACGAAACCCGAAUCUAGAGUAAGGAUCAUGGAAGCCCUUUUUGAACGAAAUCGUGCCGAUAUGGCGGCACAUACAUUCGGGCAUAUGCGCGCAAUCGGAAAUCCGCGUCUCCGCCCUACCCUGGAUACUUACGUCCGCUUCUUUGAAGGAAUCGGCAAGUGUCCUGAUGAGGAAAGCAUGAAAAUUGUCCAUAACAUGCUAAAGAUGGACACGACGAUUCAACCUAACACGCUCCUAUAUAACGCAUUGAUGAUCGCACAUGUAGCAUGCGGCUUACCAUAUCAAUCUCUUGAUCUCUGGAAGGACAUCACUACGUCUCCCGAAGGGCCUUCGUACGCCUCACUCGAGAUUGUGCUUAGGGCGUACGAAAUCACACCCGAUGGUGAUGCGCUUGCAGAUGAACUUUGGGGGAAAAUGCAGAGAAUGGAGAUCGACAUACCAAGGCAUGUCCAUUUCGCAUACGUGGUGACAAUGGCGGCACACAGUCAUCUUACGAAGGCCAAGUCGCUCUUGGAAGAUAUGGAAAAAGCGUUUGAACAGCCGCCCGACUCUACCGAACUCGGUCAUGUAUACAAUGCGCUACCUUCACGGGAGAUGAAGGAAGAGUUCAAGACGUGGGCGGUAGAAGAAUACCCAAAAGCAUGGGGGCAACUAAAAGCAAAGUAUAAGAAACGAGACCAGGAGGGCCUAGCGGUAUUCAAGGUCCGUCGUCGGCCAUGGAAGGCCUGAUUUUGAUGAUGAUGUAAAUGAAUUGAUCUUUGUACAACACUAUUCAUACAUACAUCCAUGCGUCUAGAUACUUCUUGUCGGCCUCUCUGUAUAUAGGUGGCAUCUAUACAAAUAAAAGAGCACAACAAGUCGUUGUACAUCGAACCACCCACCCCAACCACUCGCUGCUUAUCUGAAGGGCCUUGUGGGUGUGACGGCGUUCUGCUCGUAGAAUUUGAACGUGUCGCGGACUAGAAGCUCGGGGUGCUUGUGAACACUAGGAUGCAGGCCCAAGCCGAUGGCGCGCCGGAUCGCCUUCGCUAGUUUCCUCUGGUUGGGCGGGCGCAGUCCCGUCUCCAUCGACCUCCUUAUCCUGCCGUGCGGCGUGAUGAACUCCGAUACGACGGAGAAAUU